AUGAAGACAUGUAAUGGGGAAAGAGAAACCAAGGGAAGAAAUCUGAGUGGUCUUAUUGUGGAAUCUCUUGAUGGGGCGACCAAGAUAGAAGCACCAAGCUUGCUAGAAUGUGCGGAAAUCCCAGGAAAUAUGUCGGAGAUUGCUACACCAGAGGUAGCGAUGGCCUUUCCUCACUUGAAGUCGAUAGCAGGACAGAUCCCACCUUUGAAUAAGAGUAGUAAUGUGCUGCUGUUGUUAGGACGUGAUGUCCCGCAAGUACAUAAGGUUAGAGAGACACGCAAUGGGCCCAACAAUGCACCAUGGGCUCAGAGUCUAUCAGUUGAAGAAAGAAAGUUUCUUGAAAUCAUGGAGAAGGAAGGCGGACUUCGGGAUGGCAAGUGGAGAGCACCGCUGCCUUUCAAGAAGCCAAGAGAACGUCUCCCAAAUAAUAGAGAGCAAGCAUGGUCGCGAGCUCAAAUACUCAGGAAAAGCAUGAACAGAAAUCCUCUUAAAAAACAACACAUGCUUGAUUUCAUGGAUGGAGUUAUCAAUAAAGGGCAUGCAGAAGUUGCUCCUCCAUUGAAGAAUGAUGAAGAGUUGCCGGGUUGUUACCUUCAAGAAUGGAAAUCUUGGAAAAAUGAUUUAAAAGAACUACAAAACAUUUCAGUACCACGUGCGUACCCACUUACCUUUGGUGAAAUGGUUGGACUUCAUGUGUUUUGCGACGCAUCGGAAGUAGCAGUUGCCGCCGUAGCCUACUUGGUCAGUAAAGAGUGUGAACAGAGACACACAGGUUUUGUCUUUGGUAAGUCGAGGUUAGCACCGAAAGCGGGACACACAAUCCCUAGACUGGAGCUGUGUGCAGCCGUAUUGGCUAUAGAGAUAGCAAAAGUAAUCUGUGCUGAAGUCGAUAUACCUUCUCAGGAGGUGACCUAUCAUUCGGACAGCAAGGUAGUCUUAGGAUACCUAAACAACACAACUAGGCGUUUUCAUACAUACGUAGCAAACAGGGUGUUUAAAAUCUUGCAAUUUUCUGAUCCCCAUCAAUGGAAGUUCGUUCAUACAAGCAAGAACCCUGCGGACCAUGGGACACGCCAGGUAGCUGCAAGAAACAUGAAAGAUUGUCCAUGGCUUAAAGGUCCUCAUUGUUCAGUAUUCAACGUAAAUGUACCAGAAUGGUUUCCCUUGGUAAGUCCUCAACAGGAUAAAGAACUCAGACAAGAGGACAAAGUGAUUGUUAUGAAGACAAAUUUACAUGAAUUUUGCCUUUUGGAAAGAGCCAACAAGUUUUCAUCUUGGGAAAGCUUGAUUAGGCCCAUUACUCUACUUAUACAUGUGGCUUGUUCAUUCCACUACAAAAGUAACGAUGAUCAUUGCAAAGGGUGGCACCAUUGCCGUCUGAAUGAUAUAGCUCUAAAACAGAGAGCAGAGAAGUUGAUAAUUAAACAGGCACAAGAAAAAUUCUAUCAACGAGAACUGAGAAGCCUGAAAAGCAACAAACCGCUACCCAACGACUCAUCAAUACUAUCACUGGCUCCCAUGCUUAAUGAAGAUGGGUUAAUCUGUGUUGGUGGGCGACUCAGGAAGGCGACUCUUCCAAUUAUCAUGAAGCACCCUAUUGUCGUACCGGGUAAGUGUCACAUUGCAACUUUACUAGUAAGACACUUCCACCAUAAUAUAUAUCACCAGGGCAGACAGUUUACUGAAGGAGCAGUGAGAGAAGCUGGGUAUUGGGUAGUUGGGUGUAAAAAGUUGGUAUCUUCUAUCAUCCAUCAUUGCGUAACCUGCAGAAAGUUAAGAGGAAAGCUCAGUAUCCAGCGUAUGGCUGAUUUACCCAGUGAUAGGAUUACAUGUGUCCCACCUUUCACCAAUGUAGGGGUCGAUUGUUUCGGGCCGUGGGAAGUGACAGCCAGAAGAACGAGAGGAGGAGUAGCUUUAAAUAAACGGUGGGCUGUGAUGUUUUCGUGCCUUACCUCAAGAGCCAUCCACAUUGAAGUAAUUGAGACGAUGAGUAGUUCUUCAUUUAUAAAUGCGAUGAAGAGACUAAUAGCCAUCAGAGGAGCAGUUAAGGUAUUUAGAUCUGAUCAGGGGUCUAAUUUCAUUGGUGCAAUUGGAGAUGAUACAGUCCAAACGUAUUUGCUUAAGAACAAUGCCGAGUGGCAUUUAAAUCCUCCACAUGCCUCUCACAUGGGAGGAUCAUGGGAGAGGAUGAUCGGAUCCUGGAUGACAGCAUCAAAAGAAUGCAGUUUGGAUGAUCGAAAGGCGAGCAAAAUAUAA